AUGUCGAUGAAACGCAAACGCUCAACCGGCUCACUCUUCCAAACUGCCACCCUCGAAGCCUCCUCGCCAACACCCUUUGCCAGCUCGCCAAUCCGCCUACCAAACUUCUUCGUCCAGAGCAAAACCCACGAUCCACAAUCCUCUCCCUUCACGCCAAAGUCAUACCACCAUGAGUCUUCACAACUUGAGGAAAACACAUCACAUACCCUGAACAGCCGGACACGGAAACGCUACCGUGAUGCCCGACCAGAAGAAUCGCAAAUCCACGCAUCAACAGUAGAGAAACUCUUCCAUGCACAAAAAGCCCACCCACACGCCUCACCGCAACCCUCACAGCAACCACAACCACAACUCCAAGCACAAUACCCACUACAAUUUCCGCCGCAAGACGCACCACCGCAACGAUCGACGUUACAUUCUUUUUGGCAUCUACCACAACCAUCACACAUACCGCAACAACACACGGAUACAAGCAUAUCGCAGCAGGAAGUGCUUGCAUGCGAAGGGUGUGAUGGGAGGCUGAUACCUGAGUAUCCGUACGGCAUGGAUACUUUGGAUGCGGAUACUAUGUGUACGGCUUGUGGAAAACAUGUCUGUAAUACUUGCGCUAUCACUGCUGACACGAGAUUGUGUUUGGACUGUGCUAUGCAGGCGUAG